AAAUAAUAAUAAAAGUUUAAGAAAUAGUAAUAAAAACAUUAAUGAUGAUAAUUAUAUUAUUCUUGGUGAGUUGGGUGAAUGGUGAGUCAUUAGCUUCUUAAAAGACAAACGAAUUGAGGGAAAUGUAAAUGAGAGAUGGGAUAAUAGAAUUAAACUCAACAGGAUAUUUGUAUAUAUUGAAUAUGUAUAUAAUAGCUAUUACACAAUGGAAUUUCCACGUCCGUAUGAUAUAGUGAUUUAUUUUGUUGCUCCAAGUUGCAAACUUUGCAAUGAUUUAAAUGAAUAAUACUAGAAGGUAGCUAAAUUCUACAGUGAUUCAGGAGCAUUAUAUAAGAGUGAAUCAAAGAGAGCUGUAUUUUUUGCUACAAUGAUAUUUAAUGAUAAAAACAAGCAAGUGUUUGAAUAACUUGGAUUUGUAUCAGCACCUAAUUUAUUUGUAUCUCAACCACAUAUUGUAUUUGUACCAUAAGAUGAAAGGGAGAGAUAUUUGAGAGAUAUGAAAUGGUCUAUUUCAUAUACAGAUGGGACAGUGACAGCACAUAAAUUCUUAGAAUUUAUAAAUAAAAGGACUGGUAGAUAGAUAGAUUAUAAAGCUUCAACAUCUGAAGCCCUAACUGUUAUAGGUAUUUUAUUAGGAGCAUUAACUAUGGGUGCAAUUUUAUUUAUAAUUGGAAGACCUUUAUUUUUGAAUCCAAAGUUAUGGUUUAUAGGAUCAAUUAUAAUAUUUAUAACUUGUUUAGCUGGAGUUGUAUACAAUAUUAUUCAUAAUGUUCCAUUCUUUACUUAAAAUAAUAGAGGUGGUUUAUAAUGGAAGACAAAUAAUGGAAGAUAAUAAAUUGGAUUUGAAGGAUUAUUUCUUAGUCUUGGAAUGACAUUCACUGGCUUAACUAUGGUUUUGAUUCUAAAACUUAAAGUCUUAGUCAAACAUUAAAAAUUAGAUCCGUAUAAUAUUUAUAUUUAUAUUCUUAUUUAGACUUCUAUAGAGAUUAGUAUAUCUAACACUAUUCCUAUGUAUAUUCUUAAUCGUUCAAUUUGUUGAAGAUAAUUAUAGAUAAAAAUCACAUUACAAUCCUAUCUUCUGGCCACCUAGACAUUAUAUUAGAGGACCAUUAAAUAAAGAUUAAGGAAAUUCAUUUUGAGUUAUAAUAAAUCAUCA